ACUACCAUCACUUGUGCUUGUCAUCCCGUACCAGUUCAUCCGCGAACGGUUCUUGAUCCCCUAUGAACACCGCAGCCCCUGGGUGAGAAAGGCCACACCCUUCCAGGACCUCGUGAUCCGCUGCGUCCGCUAUGCAUUCGCCAACAUGCCCGCCUUCCUAGGCCGGGUGUUUUUCUCCAAGCAGGUUUCACUUCCAUUCCUGAGGUUCCGCAUGUUGCGGCACGGAUUCGUCACCAGCCCCAUCCGGUGGGUCGACAUCAAGCGGCCAAACUGCAAAGGCGUGUGGAUUGUGCACAAUCAACAAGAACAGCCUGAUGUGAUCGUCUACUAUUGUCACGGGGGCGGUUUCUCCAUGGGAAGUAGUUACUUUUACAUGGAAUUCCUGCUAGCCUGGGUGGCGCUACUCAAAGCCGCUGGGUACCGCAAUCCGGCACUCUUUGCCCUAGAAUACACGCUUGUGCCAGAUGCGACUUAUCCCACUCAGCUCUCCGAGACAGUGGCUGGCUAUGAGUAUGUACUAUCCUGGGCCCAGUCCUCCACUCGCAUUGUUGUUGGUGGAGACUCUGCCGGCGCGACAUUGAUGUUGAGCUUCCUGCUUCAUCUGUCUGAGCACCCCGAACUGCGUCACCAAAAGCCUGGACUCGCAAUCAUGAUCAGCCCGUGGGUCACGAUAUUGUCGCGCAACAACAGAAACACUGCGUCGGAUUAUCUCAACAGCUCCUCGUUGGCGCUAUACGGCCGUCAAUACAUUGGAAGCAAAGUAUCUCCAGACGACCCAAUGGUUUCGCCUGGCAACUGCAAAGAUAUUGACAAAUGGGCUGAGGCGUCACCAGACAAGGGCUGGUACUUUUUAUACGGCAGCGAGGAGGUGCUCGGGCCAGAAACCAGAAAUUUAAUUGCAUUACUAGAGAAAACAGGCAAACAAGUGGAUAGUUGGGAAGAAAAAGGCGGAAUACACGCCUGGCCCGUUGCCAGUCUGUACCUGGGGGAGGAUAGAGAGACGAGGCUGGCCGGGUUGAAGAGUAUUGUUGGAGCCAUCCAAGAAAGAAUCCGUUAGACGUUCGAUACCACAUCAGCAUUAAUCCAUACCAAUCU